AUGGGGACGCUCGGUGCCAACCCUGGCCCGCGGCUGCCCACUGAGCGCCCGAGCGCUCGGACCGGCUUGAGGAGGGCCUGCGGGACGGCCGCCUCCGAGGACGCUGAAGACUUUGCUUGCAGGCUCCGGACCAGGCUUGUACGUCCUGCCGUCCACCGUGGGCUACGUCAACCACGACUGCACCAGGGUGGCCAGUCCAGCCUACUCACUCUUCUGGAGGCCCAGCCCCGGACACAUUCUGGGACAGCAGGACAGACAGACUGGGGAGUUGAGGCAUCUCUACAGGACGUCAGCCCUGGGCCAGUCUACUUCCUGGACCCAAAAGUCACCCGGUUUGGCCGAAGCUGCACCCCUGCUUACUCCAUGCAGGGCCGGGGCAAGGCUCGGGGUCUGGAGGUGACACCAGGCCCUGGGGCGUACAGUCCAGAGAAGGUGGCCCCUGUGCGCCAGCGGACACCCCCGGCUUUCACCCUGGGCUCCCGCCUGCGCCCACAGCUCCAGGACACCUCAGCCCCUGCUCCUAACACCUAUACCCUGCCCUCCCUGUGGGGCUCCCAGAUAUUCAUUAAGCCCAGCAGCCCCAGCUACACAGUGGUGGGCCGUACACCCCCUGUACGUCCCCCUCAGGACCCUGCUGAGCUUCCAGGCCCGGGCCAGUAUGAUAGCCCCGACCCCAACACCUACCGUCAGCGCUGGCCUGCCUUCACCAUGCUGGGCCGGCCCCGUGCACCCCAGCCCCCGGAGGAGACUCCUGGCCCUGGCACUCACAGCCCUGAGCAGGUCACCAUGACCAAAGUCAGGGCGCCGGCAUUCACCAUAGGCAUCCGUCACUCCAAAUGCGCUACCACCAUGGCUGUGGACACCAUGCCCUGACACCUUUGGGGUUAGGACCCCAGCUGCCCCUGGACUAAGUGUCAGUUUACCUAUGUUGUCGGGGUGUGGGUAGGCCCCUUCUGGGCCUGGCAUUGGCUGAGAGGUGCUUGCAGAAGCAGGGAGCAGGCACAUCUUGCCUUCUCUGAGGUCCUUCUAGGCCACCUGUUUCUUUGGUCCCUUGGGGCUGUGACCCCUUGGCCCCGUGCAGGGUGAGCUUCCUUCCAGUGCCCCAGUUUCUUCCUCCUGGUCAUGGCAGGUCAAGUCGGAUCAGGCAGAGGAAAGGACAACGACAGCCCUGCCUAGCAGCUGGCUGGAGCUUCCUGUGUCCUGGGACCUGGGGUCCACCCUGCUAGGGCCCGGGUCCCCGGCACAGCUCACGUCUCCUGUGUCCCCCGGGGCCCCCUGCUCACAUUUCUGCUAAACGUGGGCUCUUGCCCUGCUUCUCAUGGACGCACAGCCAGCUGCCAGCCCUGGUCCCAGCCCUAAAUCAAGCUGGAAGCAGCCCGAUUUCUCUCCCUCUAGCUGCUUGCCAAUAAAUCUCUGUGGCACAAGAAC